UGGACGGACCGGUAGUUAUGCUAUCUUGGCCGUUGGAUAUGCAGCGGUCGACCCUUCUAACAACAUUCUAUUUUCCCGCUAUUAGUUGGCUCUUCUUUUUCUGCUCAAGAUCCUCACAGAAUUCCAGGUCCACUCACUCUCUUCCCUCGUUUUCGGAUCCUUCAAGCACCCAAUUAGUUUAUCUUCUUCCGGAAGAAUAAUUUCUCUACUGUUUUCUUUCUUAGGGAAUUUAAAUUGAUUUAUCGCCAAGAAUUGUCAGACCGACGAUUUUCUACUUCUUUUUUAAGAAGAACAUAAUCUAGAAAUUGACUAGAACCAUCCUGUUUCUGUGGCAUUUGGAUUCUAUAUCAACCAUUUGAUCAAACCCAUAUCGCCAUUUUCUCGUGUUUGGUUUAUUCUUUUGGAUUUCAUUUGGAUGUUUCUGAUAAAUAAUCGAAGAAAAUAUCCUGAAUUUGACUUGAAUCGGGCUGUUUUUGAGAAUUUGGGACUUUAUAUCGACCAUUUGAUUUAACCCAUAUCGCCAUUUCUCCAUUUUGUCUGAUUUCUUUUGGGCUUUUAUUUGGAUUUUUUGAUAAAUUGCUUAUUAGCAUAACUAUGGUUUCACUGAAGAAUGGGGUUCUUGUAAAGCUUCUCCAUGAGAUGGAAAUGGAAGAAAAGGAAUUGGACGAUGUGCAGAAACCUGCACUGUUACAAAUCAGAAGCAUAAUUCCUGUAUUGGAAGAAGGUAAUCUAUGGCCUAAUAGAGGAUUUUUCUUAAAGGUUUCAGAUAUGGCACACCAAAUGUUUGUUUCUUUGCCUCAAGAAGAGGAUGAGAUGAUUUUGGGUAACAAAUUAAAACUAGGGCAAUUUGUAUAUGUUCAAAAGUUGGAGAAGGCUACUCCAGUUCCAUUGCUCAGAGGCAUAAACCCUAUUCCAGGUAGGCAUCCGUGUGAGGGAACUCCUGAAGAUAUUGUUUCACCUGGAAAUUUGAUGAAGUUUCUUCAGGCAUCUAACAUCGAUUCAAUUGUCGAAAAGGGUGUCAUUUUGGAGAAAAAGAUGUCUGAAAGUUCAUCAGAUUCAAGCAAGUUAGCACGAGGAUUUUCCGAUUCGGAGUCGUUAAUAAAAGGAACCGAGGGCUUGGAGGGUAGAUCUCGACAAAGAGUUCGCUCUUUGAGUGCUUCAAAAGCCCAUCCAGGUGAAAGCAAGAAAGAAAAAUGCCAUAUUGGAAUACCUCCUAUUGAGAAGAAAAGUUGUAAUGUUGGUGCCAAAGUGAAAACAAGUAGGCCGCAUUCUGUUUAUAAUGAUAGUGAUUCAGAUAGUGUAUUAUCAUCAACUCACACUUCAAAGAGAAGAAGCUGGACUGAGUCAGAUAUUUUGCAAGUCAAGGAAAUUUUUGAUUCUUCAGUUGCCAAGCCUGAAAUUAGACCAACAGCUCGUAGCACAAAUGUUUCACCUGCACGUUCUGGGAGGUACUGUAGCUCUGAUGACAAUUUGAGUUCCAAGUCAAAAAGAAGAGAUGUUGCUUCAGCUAAAAGAAUAGUUAAGGUUUCCAACAAAGGCCAAACUCCUGUAUCAAAAGUUGAUAAUGUGCAGAUGUCAAAGUCAUUAUUCAGUUUAGUCCAUGACAGAAAAGGGGCAGAAAGCGGAAUAUCUUGGAGCUCCCUUCCAUCAAGCUUAGUGAAGCUUGGCAAGGUACAGGAAUCAAGAAAAUGUACUUCCACAAGACUGGUGCAUAUUAUGACUUGUAGCUAGGAAAGAAGAGUAAAACUUUAAUUCCUUGCUCUGCAUGGUCAAGUAAUUUUUUUCCACAAGAUGUGUGUAUUAAUUGAAUGUUCACAAAUAAAAUAAUUUUCAACACAAAUAAAAUAAUUUUCAACAGUAUGGAGCCUAAAUGCCUAAUAAUAUUGUAUACUUAUUCCCCAAUUUUCAGGUGUAUUUUGGGUUAUACAUUUAUUAGUUUGCCGUAAAUUUCUAUGUGUACAAAAAUUUUUUUAGAGCCAUUUUUGGGUGUGAAAGAGAGGUUAGAGGAAAAACCUUGUAUUCUUGUCUCCAUUAUGGAGAAAACUUGGGGUGGCGAGUGGUUGUGGAUGCUUUUCUCUCUU